UCUAAUGUACCUAAUCAGCUAAGGGAUAUUGUUUCAAGAUGCAAUAGUUCACAGUGUGAAUAUAGAGGUUAACGAAUAUAAAAAUGCCGGAUCAUUUGGGAGAAGAUAUGCGAAAAGUAAAAAAUGAAGAAGCAAAGGAAGAAAAAGAAAUAAAAUCUCUGGAUGAAGCAGAUAUUGCGUUACUCAAGACUUAUGGUCAAGGACAAUAUACAAAAAGUAUCAAAGCUGUUGAAGAAGAUAUACAGACAAUAAUUAAACGUGUUAAUGAAUUAACAGGAAUCAAAGAAUCUGACACUGGUUUAGCACCACCUGCUUUAUGGGACUUAGCUGCGGAUAAACAAACCUUACAAAAUGAGCAACCACUGCAAGUUGCACGUUGUACUAAAAUAAUAAAUGCCAAUUCUGAUGACCCAAAAUAUAUUAUAAAUGUAAAACAGUUUGCAAAGUUUGUAGUUGACCUAGCAGAUUCAGUUGCUCCAACAGAUAUAGAAGAAGGUAUGCGAGUAGGAGUAGAUCGUAAUAAAUAUCAAAUUCAUAUUCCACUUCCACCAAAAAUUGAUCCAACUGUGACAAUGAUGCAAGUUGAAGAAAAACCUGAUGUCACAUAUAGUGAUGUUGGUGGUUGUAAAGAACAAAUUGAGAAAUUAAGAGAAGUUGUUGAAACACCUUUAUUACAUCCAGAAAAAUUUGUUAACUUAGGAAUUGAACCACCUAAGGGGGUAUUAUUAUUUGGUCCACCAGGUACAGGCAAAACCUUAUGUGCCAGAGCUGUAGCUAAUAGAACGGAUGCUUGUUUUAUUCGUGUUAUUGGUUCUGAAUUGGUUCAAAAGUAUGUUGGUGAGGGUGCCCGUAUGGUAAGAGAAUUAUUUGAAAUGGCACGUAGUAAGAAAGCAUGUUUAAUAUUUUUUGAUGAAAUUGAUGCCAUUGGAGGAGCUCGUUUCGACGAUGGAGCUGGUGGAGAUAAUGAAGUGCAACGUACUAUGUUGGAACUUAUUAAUCAAUUAGAUGGCUUUGACCCACGAGGUAACAUUAAAGUAUUAAUGGCAACAAAUAGACCAGAUACAUUAGAUCCAGCGCUGAUGCGACCGGGACGUUUAGACAGGAAAGUAGAAUUUGGAUUACCAGAUUUAGAAGGACGAACGCACAUUUUCAAAAUCCAUGCACGUUCGAUGAGUGUUGAAAGGGAUAUCAGAUUUGAACUUCUUGCACGUUUGUGUCCCAAUAGUACUGGAGCUGAAAUUCGUUCCGUUUGCACUGAAGCUGGUAUGUUUGCCAUUCGUGCACGUCGUAAAGUAGCUACAGAAAAAGAUUUUCUAGAAGCCGUAAACAAAGUGAUUAAGUCUUAUGCUAAAUUCUCUGCAACUCCCAAAUAUAUGACUUAUAACUAA